CACAUUGCAAUGACUCGAUUUCUUAUUUCUUUCCUGAUAAUAGCCCAGUGCAUUUCAGAUUUUACUGAAGGGAAGUCUUUGAAAGGAUUGAGGCAUCAUCAUCACCAUCACCAUAGACAUCACCAUCAUCGCGCACCAGUGUUUGUCAACCCAUACAGUUACCACUUUAUUGCGACUUCUUCUAACACCAAUGUCAACGAUGUGUUUCCUUCAGAUGAUGGUCCUAUUGCGACUUCUUCUAAUACCAAUGCCAACGAUGUACUUUCAUACCACAGACCUUACCUUCCUGCCGACGAUGAACCUCAUUACAUUGCAACUUCUUCUGAUAACAAUGCCAACAAUAUUUUUGCAAACCACAGACCUUACCUUUCUGCCGAUGAUGGGCCUCAUUACAUUGCAACCUUUUCUGAUAACGAUGUAUUACGGCAUCACAGGCGUAAACCAUACGCUCCACAAGAUUACCUUCUAAAAAACUCUCCUCUCUUACGAAGUUCUCAAAGUUUACCGGAAAGUAGUAGGCAGUUUGUUUCGAACCCUGAUCGGUAUUUCAUCAACUUGGAUGGCUACAGAGGGUGGUUUGUCAAUCGGGGCAAGAUAAAUUUCAACAAUGGCUACGAAGAUAUAUCGAUUUCUAAGCGAGCACAGCCAUUUCGACCGAGCGACAGACCGAUUUUUUCUGAACUCGACUGAUCGCACACAUAUCAAAAAUACCAAUAAUAUCUGGAAAAAAA